UUGGUUUUGAGCUGCGACACAUGUGAGUUGUAUAGAACCAAGUGUUCAGCGCUUUUAUUCUGAAUAUCAUUGAGAUACUUGAGAUACAUGGCUCAUAAUUAUAAUGAGAGAAGUGGUGGGAGGCAUAUGACAUUUGAUGAUGACCAUGACAAUUCAGAAUACAAUUCUAGAGACUCAUUCAAGAGGAAAAAUAAAGAUGACGACAGAUUUGGCUUUGGCAAGAGGCAGAGAUUUGGUGGUCAGAAUGAUAACAAGCCUAGAUUUGAAAAUUGGAAUUCAGAAGCAGGGAGAAUGAGUAAUUGGAAUAAUAAUAAAAACAAGAAGUGGCAAGAUGCAGAACAGUUUGAAGAAUACUUUGAAGAUGUACCAAGACCAGAGAAGCCUCGGAAAUAUACGAUUAGCAUAGCCAUUCCUGCUUCUAUCCUAGAGGAAACCUGCAAAAAGGAUGAAUUGAGAACAUAUGUUGUGGGCCAGCUGGCAAGAGCAGCAAAUAUAUAUUCUGUUGAUGAGAUCAUUGUAUAUGAUGACAAAUGUUGGCGGAAGAAAGAUGUAACUGGCAAUGACAGCCAAAAUUUGAUUGAGAUGAUGAGAAUGUUGCUUGAAUACCAGGAAUGUCCCCAAUACCUUAGAAAAUACCUCUUCUCAUUCCAUCGCUUUCUUGGUAAAGUUGGGGUUCUGAAUGCACUUAAUGCUCCCCAUCACCUACUCUCCAAACAGUGGUGUGAAUACAGAGAAGGUGUUGUGCUAGAUAGAAAAAACAAGAGCUUAUCCUAUGUCGAUGUAGGUUUAUCAUCAGAAGUCACCAUUGAUAAAAAGCUUGAUGCAGGAGUAAGAGUAACUGUCAGACUGCCUCCAGAGACAAAAGAUCUGACUAAACGUUUUGGGGUUGUGGUUUCACCUGAUGAGCCUAGAGAAAAGUGUGGCUAUUAUUGGGGCUACACAGUUAGAGUUGCACAUUCACUUACAGAGGUUUUGACUGGGGGCAGAUUCCGCAAUGGUUAUGAUCUACUAAUUGGCACAUCAGAUAAAGGAGAAGAUAUCAAGAAAACGGAAUACCCGACAUUCUCUCAUGCACUUAUUGUCUUUGGAGGUGUUGAGGGUCUUGAGGCGGCAAUAGAAGCAGAUGAUCAGCUGGAAGCCACUGAACCACUCCACCUGUUUGACUUCUACACCAACACAUGCCCCAUGCAGCAGGCACGCACGAUACGCACAGAAGAGGCAGUAUUGAUCAGUCUUUGUGCUUUGCAAGAUAAAUUACUGCCAAAAGGAAAAAAUUAAAUACUAGAUGAAAGGUUGCUAAGUCCUUGUUAUAAUAAUAAUAAUUUUUUAUUGAAUUUAGCAUGAGAGUAAAGAUAUUGUUAUACUGUACAGAGUAUAAUUGUCUGUAUUAGUAUUAAAGUACCUGCAAAUAGAAAAAGAAUAUAUUUUUUAUUGACGAUAUUGAAAAUUGUCUUCAGUCUCAUACCAUAUAAUAUGGAACAUAUUUCAUAUGGAUUUAUUUUUAGCUGUAGAGGACAUUUGUGAAACUAACAUUUGUUAAAAUUUAAAUAAUACAUUUUUUUUUUGACCAGUAUAACCAUUGCAUAGUACUCAUAAAACUUAAUGAAUAAUCUGAAUACUUGCAUAGACAAAAAAUAUUUAUGCAAUUUAUUGCACUUGGAAAGUUGUCUAAAAGUGUGAUUUCUUUAAAAUUUAAUGGCACUGGAAUAUUACUUGGAGAUGUAAAUUCUGUUUAUAUCCUGAUUCAAUAAAAUAUGAUGUUACAGUUAUGA